AGCCCCGCCCUUUCCUGUCGUGACUUAACGCACUCAAGCGGCUCCAGGGUACGUCCCCGCCACGCGCGCUCGCACGAUCGGUGCGUGGUGACGUUUCGCCGGCGCGGGCGCCAUCCCGGAAGCGCGAGCAAGGCCGCCAGAUGUGCAGGCAGCGGAGGAGGAGAAAGAGAUGGACCUCCCGGACUCGGCCUCGAGGGUCUUCUGCGGCCGCAUCCUGAGCAUGGUGAACACAGAUGAUGUCAACGCCAUCAUCCUGGCCCAGAAGAACAUGCUGGACCGCUUUGAGAAGACCAAUGAGAUGCUGCUCAACUUCAACAACCUGUCCAGUGCCCGCCUGCAGCAGAUGAGUGAACGCUUCCUGCACCACACGAGGACCCUGGUAGAGAUGAAACGGGACCUGGACAGCAUCUUCCGCCGUAUCAGGACGCUGAAAGGGAAACUGGCCAGGCAGCACCCAGAGGCCUUCAGCCAUAUCCCAGAGGCAUCCUUCCUGGAGGAAGAGGAUGAAGACCCCAUCCCUCCCAGCACCACGACCACCAUUGCCACCUCAGAACAGAGCACGGGCUCAUGUGACACCAGCCCUGACACCGUCUCGCCCUCCCUGAGCCCCGGCUUCGAGGACCUGUCCCAUGUCCAGCCUGGCUCCCCGGCCAUCAACGGCCGCAGCCAGACAGAUGACGAGGAGACGACGGGCGAAUAGCCCUGCUGCCCGGUGCCUUGAGGGGGUCUCAGGGCAGCAGCAUACAAGGUGGCAGCGGGUAACCCUGCCUUGUUCUGUCAUCCAGGGCUCCUUUGCUGCCCCCUUCUGUCACCCAGGGCUCCUAGGGGGACAAGGCUCUCUCCCGAGGGGUGUGGAAUUCCUGGGGGGGUCUUUAAUUCUGGCUCCUUCCUUCCUCAGAACAUCUCUAUUCUGCAAGACCCCUCUGCCAUGCCAGGGCACGCCCAUUCCAGCUGGAGUCGUGGGGCUGGGCACAGGGGAAUUUUUCCAGAGCUGAGCCUGAUGUCCCCCACCCCCGGGCAGGACCUCCUUGAGGUGCACAAGCACGGUCUCCUCUGAGUUCACCCCAGCCCACCCCCGCACCCACUAAUUCUGCUUUUCCUGCCCCUUGCUCCGUAAAAGUAUCAAAUACUUUCUCCUUGGUAUCUCAAGGAGGUUUCUGAGAUAGGUAGAAGUCUUGAGACGGAGGCUGGCCAUCCAUUCAGCCCUGAGCGUGCUGAGUUCUGUGUUUCUCUGAAUAGAGGUGUGGAACCUGAGGGGCCAGCAGGCCUCUCUGAAGGCCUCCAUGGAGCAAACGGAGCCACCUCGGGAAAGAGUUUAAUGGAAUAUUUUUGUACCCGAUGUUUACAGAUGCUGUUGGGAAGUUAUCAAUAAAAAGACACCAUUACUAAAAAGGGAAAAGUA